AUGGCCGACUUCGCGCCUCCACCAGGGCCGCCUCCACCAAAGGUACCAGAGGGCUGGAAAGCUGUGUGGAACGAUCAGUACCACGAAUGGUUCUUCGUCAACAUCUACACCAAGCAAUCCACAUGGGAGAAGCCCACUGAACCCGUCUACCCUCCAGGUGAAGCACCGCACGGCGCUCCCCCCGCAUACGGAGGUGCAGCGUCCUCUCAACCAACCGGCACCGGCGAGAAGUCGACAUUCAGCAGCAACAACCCCUAUGGCAGCCAACAACCCGGCACAAGCGAAGACGAGAAGCUCGCUCGCAGGUUGCAGGAGGAAGAGGAAGCGCGCGCAGGCCGCCUCUCAGGCGAUGCGAACCGCGGUGCAAGUAACGACUACUACGGGUCUCAGCAAGGCGGCUACGGCGCCACGGGUCCUAGUGCUGCCGGGCAAGCAGCUGGCUACCCACAGCCAGGCGGUUACUCGCAGCAGCAGUACCAAGCACCCUCGGCCCCAUAUCAACAAGACGACAAGAGCCAGAGCAAAGGCAAGGGGCUGCUAGGGAAGCUGCUCGGCAAGGCCAGUCAUGGGUCGAGCUCACAUGCAUCGCAGUCCUACGGUCAGGCAGGGUAUGCUGGCGGUGGAUAUGGCGGGCAGGGGGUGUACCAGCAGCGUCCUGGAUACGCAAUGCCCGCAGGCCGUCGUCCUGGAGGCGGCGGCAUAGGCAUGGGUGGUGUGGCCAUGGGCGCUGGUGCUGGAUUGCUCGGCGGCGCCGUGUUGGGGUCAGCGCUCGGCGAUGCGGGCGAUGGCGGCAACACGUACGUUGAGAACAAUUAUGGUGAUGACGGCGGAGAUAUGGGUGGUGAUGGAGGAGGAGGUUUUGACGACGGUGGUGGUGAUGACGGCGGUGGUGAUUUCUAG